UCCGCCGGCCGGGCCGGACCGGGGCUGCCAUGGGGCGGCCGCUGUGAGCGCGGCGGCGGCGGGGCUGCGCCUCUCGCCCCGGCCGGGGCUCCCCUCCAUUGUUCCCGGGAGCGGCGGCACCGCGCCGCCGCCGCCGCCCGCGGGGCUCCGCUUGUAGGGGCUGCCAGCCCUGCGGAGACCCCCCUGCGCCCGCCCGGGGCCCCCAUGGAGUGGCAGUUGCGGAGCCCAGUCGCCGAGCAGUAGCCGCAGCAGUGGGAUGUGGACCUGGCGGUGCCUCAUCCUUUGGGCUGUGCUGGUCGCAGCCGCGCUCUCCGCUGCCCGGCCGGCCCCCACCCUGCCCGAGCAAGCUCUGCCCAAAGCAAAAAUCGAAGUGGAGUCGUACUCAGCCCACCCCGGUGACCUCCUCCAGCUGCGCUGCCGGCUGCGGGAUGACGUCCAGAGCAUCAACUGGGUGCGUGACGGCAUCCAGCUGGCCGAGAACAACCGGACGCGCAUCACCGGGGAGGAGGUAGAGGUCAGGGACGUGGUGCCCGAGGACUCGGGGCUCUACGCCUGCAUGACCAACAGCCCCUCGGGGAGCGAGACCACCUACUUCUCCGUGAACAUCUCAGACGCUCUCCCCUCUGCAGAGGAUGAUGAUGACGAAGAUGAUUCCUCGUCAGAGGAGAAGGAGGCGGAUAACACCAAGCCGAACCAGGCCAUCGCUCCCUACUGGACCUAUCCUGAGAAGAUGGAGAAGAAGCUCCACGCCGUCCCCGCUGCCAAAACAGUGAAAUUCAAAUGUCCAUCGAGCGGGACGCCCAACCCCACCCUGCGCUGGCUGAAGAACGGCAAAGAGUUCAAGCCUGACCACCGCAUCGGGGGCUACAAGGUCCGCCAGGCAACCUGGAGCAUCAUCAUGGACUCGGUGGUGCCAUCGGAUAAGGGCAACUACACCUGCAUCGUGGAGAACAAGUACGGCAGCAUCAACCACACCUACCAGCUGGACGUCGUGGAGCGGUCCCCGCACCGGCCCAUCCUGCAGGCAGGGCUGCCUGCCAACAAGACAGUGGCCCUGGGCAGCAACGUGGAGUUUGUCUGCAAGGUCUACAGCGACCCCCAGCCCCACAUCCAGUGGCUGAAGCACAUUGAGGUGAACGGCAGCAAGAUCGGCCCCGACAACCUGCCCUACGUGCAGAUCCUGAAGACGGCUGGCGUUAACACGACAGACAAAGAAAUGGAAGUCCUUCACUUAAGGAAUGUCUCAUUUGAGGAUGCUGGGGAGUAUACAUGUUUGGCGGGUAAUUCUAUUGGGAUCUCCCAUCACUCUGCAUGGUUGACAGUUCUCGAAGCUAUUGAGGACACCCCGGCCAUGAUGACGUCUCCCUUCUACCUGGAGAUCAUCAUCUACUGCAUAGGAGCCUUCCUCAUCUCCUGCAUGGUGGUGACCAUCAUCAUCUACAAGCUGAAGAGCACCACCAAGAAGACGGACUUCAACAGCCAGCUGGCCGUGCACAAGCUGGCCAAGAGCAUUCCCCUGCGCAGACAGGUGUCGGCCGACUCCAGCUCCUCCAUGAACUCGGGCGUGAUGCUGGUGCGGCCCUCGCGCCUCUCCUCCAGUGGCACCCCCAUGCUGGCCGGCGUCUCCGAGUACGAGCUCCCCGAGGACCCGCGCUGGGAGCUGCCCCGGGACAGGCUGAUCCUGGGCAAGCCUCUGGGAGAAGGGUGCUUCGGCCAGGUGGUGCUGGCAGAAGCCAUCGGCCUUGACAAGGACAAGCCCAACCGUGUGACCAAGGUGGCGGUGAAGAUGCUCAAGUCCGACGCCACAGAGAAGGACUUGUCUGACCUCAUCUCUGAGAUGGAGAUGAUGAAGAUGAUUGGCAAGCACAAGAACAUCAUCAACCUGCUGGGAGCCUGCACGCAGGAUGGACCCCUGUAUGUGAUCGUGGAAUAUGCCAGCAAGGGCAACCUCCGGGAGUACCUGCAGGCGCGGCGGCCGCCGGGCAUGGAGUACUGCUACAACCCCAGCCGCGUCCCCGAGGAGCAGCUCUCCUUCAAGGACCUGGUCUCCUGCGCCUACCAGGUGGCGCGGGGCAUGGAGUACUUGGCCUCCAAGAAGUGCAUCCACAGGGACCUGGCGGCCAGGAACGUGCUGGUGACAGAGGACAACGUGAUGAAGAUCGCUGACUUCGGGCUGGCCCGGGACAUCCACCACAUCGAUUACUACAAGAAGACGACAAAUGGUCGCCUGCCAGUGAAGUGGAUGGCCCCCGAGGCUCUCUUCGACCGAAUCUACACCCACCAGAGUGACGUGUGGUCCUUCGGGGUGCUGCUGUGGGAGAUUUUCACACUGGGUGGGUCACCCUACCCCGGUGUGCCCGUUGAGGAGCUCUUCAAGCUGCUGAAGGAAGGUCACAGGAUGGACAAGCCCAGCAACUGCACCAACGAGCUGUACAUGAUGAUGCGGGAUUGCUGGCACGCCGUCCCUUCCCAGAGACCCACCUUCAAGCAGCUGGUGGAAGACCUGGACAGGAUCGUGGCCAUGACCUCCAACCAGGAGUACCUGGACCUGUCCAUGCCUCUGGAUCAGUAUUCUCCCGGCUUCCCGGACACGCGCAGCUCCACCUGCUCCUCGGGAGAGGACUCUGUGUUUUCCCACGACCCACUCCCGGACGAGCCGUGCCUUCCCAAGUUCCCCCCUCAGCACAGCAAUGGUGGACUGAAGCGACACUGAGGGUGGCACUGCCAGGGGUGCCGUGCCCGUGGACGCUGCCUGCGCAGCCUGGUUGUGCUGAGCUGUCGCAGAAGGGGUUCAGAGACAUCCGUAGCAUCUCGCCUAACCAAAACCACCCACCUCCUGCCAGCCUCUCCUGCCGCUCGUGCCAGCUCUCCACUGCCCAAAGGGUUCGGCUCCGGGGUUUUCAUGGCGUUUCCUCCUUUCGUUUUUAAACCUCUUUUCCGUGAAUUCUGUGCUUGAGUACUCCCACUUGGCUGAGCUGAAAUCCUCUCCAGGGCAUUGCAUGGCCAAAGAGCCAGCCGGGCAUCCCAGGAUGGCACGUCCUGGUCGGGCACAGGGAGCUGGGCUGGUCUGCCACUCGGAGAACCUGGUGAGCCGGGAGCAGAGCCCGGCUCCUGCGGCUGCACAAGGGGGAGCCUUGGCACUCUGGGAGCCUUGGCGUGCCAGGAGCCUCACCGGUGUGCCAGGAGCCUCACUGGUGUGCCAGGAGCCUCACUGGUGUGCCGGGAGCCUCACUGGUGUGCCGGGAGCCUCACUGGUGUGCCAGGAGCCUCACCGGUGUGCCAGGAGCCUCGGCAUGCUGGGAGCCUCACUGGUGUACUGGGAGCCUCACCGGUGUGCUGGGAGCCUCACUGGUGAGCCAGGAGCCUCACUGGUGUGCCAGGAGCCUCACCGGUGUGCCAGGAGCCUCACUGGUGUGCUGGGAGCCUCACUGGUGUGCCAGGAGCCUCACUGGUGUGCCGGGAGCCUCACUGGUGUGCCGGGAGCCUCACUGGUGUGCCAGGAGCCUCACCAGUGUGCCAGGAGCCUCGGCAUGCUGGGAGCCUCACUGGUGUGCCGGGAGCCUCACUGGUGUGCCAGGAGCCUCACUGGUGAGCCAGGAGCCUCACCGGUGUGCCAGGAGCCUCGGCAUGCUGGGAGCCUCACUGGUGUACUGGGAGCCUCACCGGUGUGCUGGGAGCCUCACUGGUGUGCCAGGAGCCUCACUGGUGUGCCAGGAGCCUCACUGGUGUGCCGGGAGCCUCACCGGUGUGCCAGGAGCCUCGGCAUGCUGGGAUCCUUGGCGCGCUGGGCCCCUCAGUGUGCCCGGAGCCUCGUGGUGUGGCUCAGCCCUCUCUGCCCAGGAUGCCCCCGGGCCACAGGACCAGCACCUGUGGGCUUCGCCGAGCCACGCCCAGCACAUCCUGGGCAGGAGCCCUGCACUGCUCAGAGGCACCGAACCCACCUGUGCUAAACCCAGAGUCCCGUGUACAUAACGAAAAAUAUGUAUAAAUAUGAAUAUAUAUUUACAUGUCUUUUUAAAAAGGGUUGUUACCAGAGAUAUACCAGUUUGGUAGGAAGGUACUAGUGGCUGGUAGAUAUCAGUUGCUAUAAAAAAAAAAAAAAAAGUCAUAUAUUUUGCUAUUUUUGCUGUUUUUAUUUUUUUAAAUUAUGUUCUAAACCUAUUUCAGUUUAGGUCCCUCGAUAAGAAUUGCUGCUGCUGCUUCAGUUUUAUAUGGGGUUGUAUUAAACAGUAAUAAUAAUGUGUCGAUGCCUUUGGGGAAUAAUCCGUUGUCAUUACGUGCCUGGCCUUGCCCUGGCCCCGGGGCUCCGGCGGGGCUGUGGCCCGUGGCCCCGCGUUGGGACGGUGCCCUGGGGAGGGAUGGAGGGAUGGAUGGAGGGAAGGAUGGAGGGAUGGAGGGGGCUGUCCCCUGCCCGGCCAUCGCCUGCCCGGGGGAGGAGCGGGGGGCGCCGCGGGGCUCCGGCGCGGCUCGGUGCCAGCCCCGCUCCCCGGGCGGUGCCUGCCAGUGCCUUACCGGGGGAGCAGCCCCGUCCCAGCUCUGCCGUCCGCGCUCCCCGGGCUGUCCCAGGGCCCCGGCUCUGCUCCACCGCGCUGCACCGGCACGGACGGACGGACGGACGGACGGACGGGGCGCUCCCACCUUGAACCCCUCCCUCCCUUGCCGCCGGUGCCGAGAGGCUGGAGCCAGGCCGCUGUUACUUGAAAAGUUUAUUUUGCCUUUGUAUGGAGAGAUAUUAUUUGUUGUAAACUCUUCUGUAAUGAAUCUGGAAUUCUUGUAAUUAUUAAAGACUUUAACCGCGA